UUAGCUCUAUCACUUGCUCUUGUUUAUUGAUAUGUCGCGCGUGGUAGAUCUAACGUAACCCGAUUUGAAGCUCGUUUGAAUGACCGGAGGUCAAGAAAUUUUUCGUCCAAUCAGAUAACCACUUUCGGGAUCUUGAAAGUGCCAAUAGGCAAGGGAAGCAACCUACCUCGCUAAUUAUCGAUCUUUCGGAAUCUUUCGGGGAUUGGCCUCGAUUGCACAAAAAAGCCCAAUAGUCCCGAUCGUAUUUAUUAUUUCCGGUUUAUCGAAAAACAAAAAACAGCAUGGUAAGAUUCCCACUUAUGAGACGUUUUGAUGGCAUUCCAAAGCCCAUUCACGCCUAGACGUAUAUAUAAUAGGUCAAAUAUAUGUGUGCUAUGUGGAUUCUUGUUUAUUCAAGUGGAAAUUUCAUCGACUGGGGAAAGAACGGAGAAAAAGUUUCUUAACAAAAAACUAAAACUUACCGAUGAACGAAUCAAGGCUAUAACUUCGGUUAUUGACAGCUUCAAGCACGAUUCCAGUAUUUCUACAAAUGGCAUUUGCCUUAAGUGUUUCAGAAAUGUCGAAAAGGUGUUGCACAUGGAGAAUGAGGUGUGUAAACUUCAAAAUGAGAUUUCAGCAACCAGACGUUUUGUCAAACAGAAAUACCAACUUGCCUCACCAUCACCAUCCAAAUCUGUCACAGAAAAACGACUUCUCAGAUCCCCCUCUACAAAUGUACCAGCUGCUAAAUCGCAAAAAACCUUUCCCUCGACAGUGUCAGUUAUAAACUUAACUUCACUUCCAACGUUUGAUUCAUUAUGUCAAAAAGGUGCAGAAAAAGAAGAUUUGCCAGAUGUUUUGGCAACUCAACUAGAGGAAAGGAAACCUGUUCGCCGCUCCCUGGGAUUUAGCGAGACAAAAAAGAUUGAUGAGUCUACACUUACAGGCGAAGUAGAGGUUUCCAUUUAUUACCCUAGUGGUAAGAAAACAACUUUUGUUCCAAAUGACAAUCAUCGCCAAAUAUGUAGGACAAUAUGCAGGGGACAAAAUGUAGAAAGAAACAUCAUUGAAAUUAUUGGAAGGUCACACCAAGAUGUGCUUACAACAGCAGUUUCAAAGCUUGUAGCCAAAGAAUGUGAAACCAUCUGUAAACGAGGAUCAGGGGCAUUACUACAAGACAGAGCAUAUGAUGGCAUAUUUCAAUUUUCCUGGGACAAAUUUCACAAAGAAAUUGAAGUGAAAGCCCCAAAUACAUUGAAGAUAAUUUCAUCAACCAUAAGCAACAUACCGGUAGUACCAACUGAAAAGAAAUUCUUAUGCAUCAUGAGUACAGUAGCUUCAGCAUUACAUGGAAGGAGCCAGGAGAUGUCAUCACUCCACUACCAAAUAGGAUUUAUACUGACCCGCGGAACAUGUAAACAGAAGGAUAUUGAAAGACUGGCAAAAAUUGGACUUAGUGUUACACCAAAAUCUAUUCAACAGAAAUUAUUAUCUUGGCAAGACCAUUUAGACAAAGAAAUUGUAGAAUUAAGAGAUAAAUGGAAGGAAGGAGGCAAUGUGAAAUUUCAAUUGAUUGGAGAUAAUUGGGACAAAACUAUAUUGCCAUCCUAUAGAACCAGUCAAGACAAAACAAUUUCUCUUCACUUAUUUCAUAUAUUUGCUCUCAUUGAUCGUGUUUCUGGAGAUGAAGAUGUAAACCAAAUCCAAAUUGAAAGAAAACUUAGUGUUGUUGAUUUUAUCCCAUCACUAGAAGACCAAAACAAGCUGGAGAAAGAACUGACAUUCCUAAUUGCCUCCUCCUUGAUACAUAACAUUGAAAUUUUGGACAAGGAAUUUGGAAAAAUUUAUCCAAGUCAUUUUCAGCAUGAAUAUAGUGACAAAGCAGGCCUUAAAACAUCUCAGUUUCCAAUUGGAUUAUUCGACUGCAAUGAGACUAAAACACAGGAUGUGAUUAAGCUUCUUAAGAAUCUGACGGAAAAGUACGUCCCAUUAGAUGAGGAAAAUGUGAUUGAUGAAGUCUUUUUUGGAGGCGACAGAUUAACAGAUGAGAGGGUUCAGUCAGCACAGCAGGCAAUGUCAAAUGCUGAUACUCCAAAGGAAAGACUUGAGGGAUUUAUCUCUAAAAUUGAGGAUUGGCAUAGAAUGAUGAAUUUUUUAGAGGGCAUAUGUAAACUCACAUACCAUCAGAAGUCAAAAGGAGACAGAGGGACUGCAAGCUUUUUCAGGAACUUUCUCAAUGCGCGAAAUGUGAAAGGGAAAGUAAAGAAUUCUUUCCGAGCAUAUAAACAUUUAUAUUACACCAUAUUUGAUGCAAUAUGUUGUAUUUUGUUUCUAAGAGAACUCAAUGUUACUUCUGUAGAUGAAAUAACAUUGCCAGAUGACUUAAAAGAGAAAGAAGAUGAAAGUAAAAUUGAAUGGCUUAAUGACAUAUGCAAAAAAAUUGUGGAAGUCUGGAUAUUUGAUGGUCAGGAUGAUAUGUUGCAACACGUACGAGAAAUUUUAGAUAACCCUGAACACCCGGAGAAUUACUGGAUGGCCAAUGAGACUGAUGACAGAUUUUCAUGUCACUUUUGUGAAAAAUCGUACUUAAAUAUUGGUAGUUUGCAGGCACAUGAAAAGAUCAAACAUAAUCAUAUUGUCCCACUGGAAGAAAAGAAAAAAGGAAAGUCCACUAAGAAUGAUGAUCAAUUAUACGAUUACAUCCUGCUUCUUUUCAAACUUACUGCUCUGUUAAAAAAUUUGGACACAGCGAUUGAUAUGGGAGACGGAGGAAGGUCUGUUCGAUCAUCAAAAUAUGAACUCCCUGUAUUCAAUAGAACAGACAAAAUCAAGUACGUUAUAGGCUGUGUUCAUUUGAUAGCAUUAACAGAAGAGACUUUGUCACCUGAACAGCAACAUAGACUUAUUUGGAAUCGGACUGUUAAUGUGCAAGGGGGCAAAAAUCAUAACAUCGCUAAUGACGAAUAUUUGGAAAUGUUAAAUAGGGACAGUAAAGACAUAGUUACUGGACACCAAACCAAAGACAGUAUUAUAUCACAUUCAAAACAGUACCCCCAUCUCAUCAACUAUGCAAAGCAUUUUGAUGCUAUUAGUGAUAUCAGAAAAAGAAAAGGGUUUCAUAAAUUGCCCAACUAUAAAACAGAUGUGAAAAAAACAAUGAAGGAAUUAAUGGAGAUAGAAGCCUUGACCUUUACACCUGGCCGUACUCUAGUCUGUAAAGAAGUUUGCCGUGGCAGAGACCCCUUUUCACAAGCUUACAAAAAACUUCCUACUUUGAUUCAUAGACAUAAACCAAAAUUCCCAUUUAGACGCUUGAGGAAUAAACAUCACUAGCUUGUAUGACUGAUUAUCAGAUUAUGUAUUAAAGAUAACAAAAAACAUCACACCAUACAUGUACGUUAGUUUGUUUUUUGUUGAUUGUUUUAUUGAUAUUCCACACAAUUGUUAUAAGUGUCUCUUGGUCAUGUCAGUCUGAGAAAUUUAACAUGUUUAAUAUGAAUCACAUUUUGAUCCAUAAACUGAUACACUGCAUCAAUUUUCCGAUAUCGCUGUCACAAUAAGAUUUAGUUUAAGAUAGGUUCUAAUGGAUGAGCUAAUUUUUUCUGGAACUGUUCGAUUGGAGAAAAAAAACGUGUUUAUCAUGUUUAUGAUUGCAUAGUCAUCAGUGAAUACAUGUAGGUGCAUUUCUGAAUUUUGUCAAGAUGGCAGUUGCAGCAUAACACUUAGAUUAGCAUAGGCCCUUGCUGGAAAUAUUUUAAAAAUCGACGUCUGAAAUUACUUGCGCAAUAUAAACCAAACUUAAGUACUUAGGUCAAGUUCAACUUCCUGUUUUUUUGCUCAGAUACGUACCUGUAUAUACAUUUUUGAAGUAAUGAGAUAAAAACACAAACAUUAUUUAUCAUAUUUAUGUAUAAAAUAUUCAUUAUCAAUAUUAAAAGUAUCUCAUGUGCCUGUCCUAACUCAGGAAUUGUGGUCAUAGGUUUGUGUUUUUGUUUUAAAUUUUAUAUUACAUGUACAAUUUUGGUAAUAUUCAGGUAAGAGCAGUAUAAUUUUGCAUAUACAAUGUACAUCAUGCUUCAUUUACUCAAGGCAAAUUAAGAGCUUUUCACAAGGAGUUGAAUCUUCCCUUGUUGAAUGCAUUGUGGAGACCUCGGUUUUUCUUAUGGAUGGAGUGCGUCCUAUUUGACACUUACACCAUACCAUGUAUUUUCCAUUUUAAGGAACAAAUGCUUUCAAUGUUAACCAACACCACCUCCUGAAUUGUUAUUCAACAUAUUAUUUUGAUAUCAAAAGAAACUGAGCAUGGUCAUGUAAUUUAAUCUGAUUAUGAUAUGUAUUACAAAAUUUCAUGAACUGAGUCCAGAUUUAGAUCAGUGAAAUCGUCAUCAUCGUCAAACAAGUUUUCAU